AUGGCAUCGCAGUUCUUCCUAAAAACUUCGCAGGAUAUCGAGUUAUUUCAGGGAUAUCCAGAUUUUACCCAGUCUGCUACCAAUCCCGAUGGCAGCAGUGUUACUUCAUCGCUUCUAUCGCCUUGUGGUAGAUUCAUGGCUCUGGCGACCACGGAGUCAGUUAAGGUAUUCUCAGGAGAACUUUUCGAUAAGCUUUUGGUGUCAUUGUCCAUCUCAAACGUAUACAAUCUGCAUUUUUCACCAUCAGGCAGUUAUCUAAGCUCCUGGGAGAGACCUUCCGCUCAGGAUGAGUCGCAUCAGAAUGUCAAAGUAUGGUACCUAAAUCAAGACUUUGCCAGCCAAAGUGACGAACAUAAACCGGUAUAUGAAUAUCAGGCCAGAACUCAGAAUGGCUGGUCUUUACAGUUUUCGAAGCUGGAUAAUUACGCAUUCAAGCAAUUCUCGACGGAGUUGAAGAUCGUUAAGCUAGAUCAAACUGCCGAGGAAGAAAAGAAAUUCGAUUUCGAUCACCCUUACGCCACUUUGUCUCAAUCUCAGGAGUCCGAGGCGCAGAUGUUCUCGACAUUCCUUGUGUCUCCGGCAGAGCACCCAACGAUCUGUACUUUCACACCUGAAAAGUCCGGUAAGCCAGCUCACUUGACUAUUUGGCCGCUAGUGGAAGGUCAGAUCACGAAGAAAAUCGUGACGAAAUCGUUCUUCAAGGCGGACUCCUGCCAAUUGCAAUGGAAUGCGCUCGGCAAUGCCGUUUUGUGUGUGGCUACGACAGAUUUUGACUCUUCGAAUAAAUCAUACUACGGUGAAAACACGUUAUACCUGUUGUCAUUUCAGGGUGUCAACGGUGCGCUUGGCGGUAACUCUGUCCGCGUACCGCUUUCGAAGGAAGGGCCUAUUCAUGAUUUUACUUGGUCUCCAACUUCAAGACAGUUUGGUGUCAUCUAUGGCUAUAUGCCGGCCACUAUAACUUUCUUCGAUUUAAGGGGCAACGUUGUUCAUUCGCUGGCUGAGCAGGCAAAGAAUACAAUGCUCUUCUCACCAAGUGGCAGGUAUAUUUUGAUCGCAGGCUUUGGAAAUUUGCAGGGUGCGGUUCAGAUCUUGGAUCGUCACGAUAAAUUUUCUUGCAUUUCCAACUUCGAUGCCGCAAAUACUUCUGUUUGCAAAUGGUCUCCCGGCGGAGAAUUCAUCAUGACCGCUACAACUUCGCCACGUUUGAGAGUAGACAACGGUGUCAAGAUAUGGCAUGUAACCGGCAAAAUGGUUUUUGUCAAAGAGUUCAAAGAGCUUUUGAAGAUUGACUGGAGACCUUCAUCGAAGUACAAGACCUUGGGAAAUACUCACGUCAUCAAAAACUGGCAUGAAAUAUCCGACUCAACUGCCCCAACUGAUCCUAAGAUCCACAACGCGUCACAAUUACAGAUCCACCCUACCGUGACAGAGUACGAGUUGAAACAUCCCAGGAGAAAUGGAAACAGUGGAAGUGGAGCUCAAAGCAAGCCUGUUGGUGCUUACAGACCUCCGCACGCCAGAAGGGCUGGUGGCUCCAGCGUUCCGGGGAUGAACAUAGUAAACGCAAAGCCUACUCAACGAAGUGUUCCAGGCAUGGUGCCCGGAAUGGCACCCCCAAAGAGCUCAAAAGCUGCUGCCAAAAACAAAAAGAAGAGGGCGAACAAGAAGAAGGGCGAUGGCGAAGAAAAUAAUGAUGAUCACGAAUCAAAAGCUGGUAGUCCUGCUCCCUCUGCAUCACCUGCCGGAGAUUCCCCAGUCGUUAAGGAAGUUGCAUCUCCUGAAGAAAAAAAGAUAAGGUCCUUGCUUAAGAAAUUGAGAGCCAUUGAAACCCUAAAACAAAGACAAGCCAAUGGCGAUAAACUAGAAGAUACUCAAGUUUUGAAGAUUCAGACGGAGGAGAAGGUUCUGAACGAGCUGAAGUUCAUGGGUUGGAAGGAAGAUGUUGCCGAAAAUUAA